AUGGCCAAAGUCCUCAUCUCCCUCAGCGUGUUGACCGCUGCCGCUACGGCUGGCUCCGUCACGGAACUCCCGGAGUCUGUGACCAAGCUCAUCGACUACUCCAUCAACCCCUGCGACGACUUUUAUCAAUAUGCGUGUGGCGCGUGGUACAAGGAUGCUGUGAUACCCCCAGACGAGUACAGCAUCGAUUCAUCGUUCGACAAGAUCGAGGUCCAAAACGAAGCCGUACUAAAGAAGAUUUUAUCUGGCAACAAACCCAAGCUUGGUGAGUUUUACAACUCCUGUUUGGAUACGGCUACGCUAUCGUCGCUCGGCCUGUCUCCGCUGGAGGACUCGUUCAAAGCCAUUCGGUCGGCCAACAAUUCGUUGGACCUCCUCAUCGUGGCUGGUGAAUUGGCCAAGAACGGCAUCCCUGCGUUCGUGAACAUCUUCUCCAGAAUUGACGACAAGGACUCGACCAAGAAAGCCCUCUUCGGUGUCCCUGCUCACCUGACUCUGAGUGGCUCAUACUACACGAACUCUUCAAAGUGGGAGAGCGUCGAAGCCGACUACAAGGUGUACAUUUCGACGGUGUUGCAGCUAGCUGGCUACACUGCUGAGAAAGCAGCGGCUGCCGUACCGGUGAUCAUCCGUUUCGAACAAACUCUGGCCGGUGUCGCCCUCAGGGAGAUCAAGGAGGUCGAGGCCGCUGUGCCUCCGUAUACUGUGCUUACGUUUAGCCAACUGAACCAGAAGUACCCGCUGCUCAUCGGCUCGUGGCUGAAGGCCCACGGCUUCGACAUCUACGACCAGUGGAAUGGGUCGAACGACUGGGUGGGGUUUUUCGACUUGACCUACUUUGACAAGGCCGAAGUGUUGUUGAAAAACACGACGCUGGACAACCUCCGUACCAUCAUCGAGUACAAGCUCAUCCACGCCUCGUCGAACCACUUGACCCCUGAAUUCCGCACGGCCAACUGGAAUUUCAUCGGCAGGAAGAUCUACGACGAAAAGGCGGAACCUCCUCGUGAAAAGUUCUGCAGGUAUGACACGGAGCACACCGUGGGGGAACUCUUGGGUCAGUAUUUCUUAGACGAGGUGUUCCCGGCUGAUGCGGCCAAGAAGGCUGACGAAUUGGUCAAGGCCUUGAGGUCGUCCUUCUCCACUGGUAUUGCCACCUCCGACUGGUUGGACAACUCGACCCGCGCCAAGGCGCAAACGAAGCUGUCCAAUUUUGUACACUUUUUGGGUGGCCCGGAGAAGCCGCAGCUGUUCCCCACGUUGACGUUUGACUCGAAGGCGUACUUGAAAAACCGUUGGAAGGCGUCUCAAGUGAAAAUCGACACCAACUUGAAGCUGAACGGCCAACCUGUCGACAGGCGCGAGUUCGAGCUGCUCUCCUAUGAGGUGAACGCGUACUACAACCACAACAAGAACCAAAUAGUGUUCCCGGCCGGCAUUUUGCAAAAACCAUUCUUUGACGGCGAGUUUGACGCCGCCCAGAACUUUGGUGCCAUCGGGACGGUCAUCGGACACGAAAUUACCCACGGGUUCGACAACAAAGGCCGCAAUUUCGAUGUCGACGGCAACUGGAAUCCGUGGUGGUCUAACGCCACUAGCUCUGCGUUCAACACGAAAGCCCAGUGCCUUAGCGAUCAGUACGGCAACUUUGUCGUCAAGAGCGAAGUCACUGGCGCAGACUUGGGCAACGUCAUCAGUAAGAUCACUUUGGGCGAAAAUAUUGCGGACAACGGAGGGCUCAAGACCAGUUUCCGCGCGUACCACGAGUACUUGAAGAAGUUUCCGUCGCAGUACACGGAAGAAACAGGCAACAAGUUGUUCUACUUGUCGUUCGCCCAAGCCUGGUGCUCCAAGAACACCGAUAAGUACUUCCUCGCGCUUUUCAAGACGAAGUACCCGCCCAAACGGUUUCGCGUGACAGGGGCGUUGCAAAACGACGCUGAGUUUGCCCGUGUGUUCCAGUGCCCCACCGACUCGAACUUGAACCCGCCCAACAAGUGCUUGUUGUGGGAAUAG